AUGGCCCCAGGGAUGUCGGGCCGCCACGGCGCCGCCCUGCUCUGCCUCUCCGCGCUGCUCGCCCACGCUGCCAGCCGCUCCCACCCGGCCAGCCCCAGCCCCCCAGGACCGCAGGCCAGCCCUGUGCUGCCGGUCAGCUACCGCCUGUCGCACACGCGGCUAGCCUUCUUCCUGAAGGAGGCGCGGCCCCAGCCGCCAGCCGCAAUCAACGGCUCCCUGCAGCGCUCAGAACCCUUCGUGGUGUUCCAGACCAAGGAGCUGCCGGUCCUCAACGUGUCCCUGGGGCCCUUCAGCACCAGCCAAGUGGUGGUGCGGGAGCUUCUGCAGCCGUCCAGCACCCUGGACAUCCCCGAGCGCCUGACUGUCAACUGGAAGGUGCGCGCCUUCAUCGUGCGCGCCCGCGUGCCCGUCUCGCAGCCGGUGGCACAGGUGCUCUUCUAUGUGGCCGGCCGCGACUGGGACGACUUCGGGGUCACCGAGCGGCUGCCCUGUGUCCGCCUGCACGCUUUCCGCGACGCACGCGAGGUGCGGAGCUCGUGUCGCCUUGGCGGGGCCUUAGCCACCUGCUUGGUGCGCGCCGAGCUGCCCCUGGCCUGGUUCGGACCCCCAGCCCCAGCCGCGCCGCCCAGCGCUCGCCGCAAGUCCCCCGACGGACUGGAGCCGGAGGCGGCGGCUGAGAGCCAGCAGGUAGAACUCUACUACACGCUGCACGCCCCCGAUGCAGCGGGCGGCUGCGGGAGCGCGCGGCGCGGCCCCGGGCCCGGAGCGGCGGCGCGCGCCGAAAGCCCCACGCAGCACCCGCUGCUGCGCAUAGGCAGCAUCAGCCUGUUCCGGCCGCCGCCGCGUAGGGCCGUUCAGGAGCAUAGGCUGGACAGCAACCUGAUGAUCCGACUGCCUGACAGGCCGCUCAGGCCGGGGGAGGUGCUCAGCAUCCUCCUCUACCUGGCACCCAACUCCUCCUCAGCUGCCAACCCCAGCGUGGAGCACUUCACACUCAGGGUGAAGGCCAAGAAGGGGGUGACCCUCCUAGGCACCAAGUCUCGAAGUGGCCAGUGGCAUGUGACCUCAGAGCUGCUGACUGGGGCAAAGCAUUCCACAGCCACUGUGGAUGUGGCCUGGGCCCAGGGCACACCCCUACCCCCCUGGGAGGGUCAGGGACCCCUGGAGAUCUUGCAGCUGGACUUUGAGAUGGAGAACUUCACCAGCCAGUCCGUGAAGCGGAGAAUCAUGUGGCAUAUCGAUUACCGAGGCCACAGUGCCGUGACUGACCUGGAGCGAGUUGUCACAGAACUGACGGUCAUCCAGAGGGAUGUGCAGGCCAUCCUGCCCCUGGCCAUGGACACAGAGAUCAUCAACACUGCCAUCCUGACAGGCCGGACUGUGGCCAUUCCCGUCAAGGUCAUCGCCAUUGAGGUGACUGGCCUCGUCCUGGAUGUUUCUGCCCUGGUGGAGUGCCAGUCUGACAAUGAGGACAUCAUCAAGGUAUCCAGCAGCUGUGACUAUGUGUUUGUGAGCGGGAAGGAGUCUCGAGGGUCCAUGAACGCCAGAGUCACCUUCCGCUAUGAUGUCCUCAGUGCCCCCCUGGAAAUGACAGUCUGGGUCCCCAAGCUACCUCUGCACAUCGAGCUCUCAGAUGCUCGCCUCAGCCAAGUGAAGGGAUGGAGGGUACCUAUCCUUCCCGACCGAAGGUCAGCUCGGGAGAGCGAAGAUGAGGAGGAAGAAGAAGAGGAACGGAGACAGAGUGCCAGCCGAGGCUGCACUCUACAGUACCAGCACGCCACCCUGCAGGUCUUCACCCAGUUUCACACGACAUCAUCUGAGGGCACCGACCAGGUGGUCACCAUGCUAGGUCCCGACUGGCUGGUGGAGGUCACUGACCUAGUCAGUGACUUCAUGCGGGUGGGUGACCCCCGAGUGGCCCACUUGGUGGACAGCAGCACGCUGGCAGGACUAGAGCCAGGCACCACCCCCUUUAAGGUUGUGUCCCCCCUGACUGAGGCUGUGCUGGGGGAGACGCUACUGACGGUGACAGAGGAGAAGGUCAGUGUCACACAGCUGCAGGCCCAGGUGGUGGCCAGCCUCGCCUUGUCCCUGCGACCCAGCCCUGGGAGCAGCCACACCAUCCUGGCCACCACGGCUGCCCAGCCCACCCUCAGCUUUGUCAAGCAGGAAGCCCUGCUGAGUCUGUGGCUCUCCUACAGUGAUGGAACCUCAGCCCCACUCUCUUUAUACAGUCCCCGGGACUAUGGGCUUCUGGUGAGCAGCCUGGAUGAGCGGGUGGCCACUGUGACCCAAGACAAGGCUUUCCCACUGGUGGUGGCCGAGGCAGAGGGGUCAGGAGAUCUGCUGCGUGUGGAGCUCACCAUCUCGGAGAGCUGCCAGAAAACCAAGCGCAAGAGUGUGCUGGCCACUACCUAUGUGGGCCUGCGAGUACACUUUGGGCGGGAUGACGAGGAUCCCACGUAUGACUACCCGGGGCCCAGCCAGCCUGGGCCUGGUGGGGGCGAGGACGAGGCCCGAGGAGCUGGUCCGCCAGGCACUGCCAUCCCUGCCAGUGAGGUUCCUGGAUUGGGCACUUCCGGCCCAGUGCCACCUACAGAAGACUACCUACCUCUGCCCACCGGCUUCCUGCAGAUGCCCCGGGGGCUGACGGACCUAGAGAUUGGUAUGUACGCACUGCUGGGGGUCUUCUGCCUCGCCAUCCUUGUCUUCCUCAUCAACUGCAUCGUGUUCGUGCUGCGAUACCGGCACAAGCGCAUCCCUCCCGAGGGCCAGACCAGCAUGGACCACUCUCACCACUGGGUGUUCCUGGGCAAUGGGCAGCCACUGCGGGUGCAAGGUGAGCUGUCGCCGCCCGCAGGGAGCGCGCUGGAAACCGUGCCUGCCUGCUGCCACGGUGACCACCACAGCAGUGGCAGUUCGCAGACCAGCGUCCAGAGCCAGGUGCACGGCCGUGGGGACGGCUCCUCUGGGGGCUCGGCCAGGGACCAGACGGAGGACCCUGCUAGCUCGCCCACCUCCAAGCGCAAGAGGGUCAAGUUCACGACCUUUACCACUCUGCCCUCGGAGGAGCUGGCCUAUGACUCAGUGCCUGCUGGCGAAGAGGAUGAGGAGGACGAAGAGGACCUGGGUUGGGGUUGUCCAGAUGUGGCCGGAACCACGCGGCCCACUCCACCCCCGGACCUGCACAAUUACAUGCGCAGAAUCAAAGACAUUGCAUAGUGGUGGCCUGGGGUGGCAGGAUAUCCCCACACAUGCGAUGGCCUCUGGCUGGGACUCAGCCUGGACCCCCCCAGCUCACAGGGACUCGGGGCAGCUGAAUGGAUUUUAUAGUCCCUGCCACCGCAGCUUUGGUCUGACCAGUUGUGGCCAGAUCCACCUUGAUCUUCUGCCCCCUGCAGGCGGAAGGCUCCUUCCAAACCCAGCGUGAAGCAGGGAGACAGUUCUGCCCUGUUCACUCUUUCCAAACCUCAUUCCAUCUUAGACAUCCCCACUGCCCCAAGGUUGAGGCACCAAGGCCAAACUUGGGGCCAGGUGGGCCCACACUGUGCCCUGCCAUGCCUCUCACAUCCCCAAAUGGUGCCCCCCUGUGCAGGGGACCCGAAUGGGGUCUUGUGUCACAGGCUGCACAAAGACUUUUUCUUAAACCGAUAUUCAGGGAUUUCUGUCCUGCAGGGUGGGAAGUAGUGGCUGCCUGCCUUGCCAAGGAUCUUGCUGCAGACAAAACAUUUGGGUGGGUAUUGGGGGACAGCUGUGAUGUCUGCUGGUUUCUGGGUGUCUCCCAAGCCUGGAGCCGACUGCAGAGGGUCCAGUGCAAAGUAGACACUUUCCCAUGGCUUCCUCUGCCCUUUAGCCUACGAGAGGGCCCAAGUGAGAGGGGUUUUCAUAUCUCUCUGGCCAAACCAUACCCACACAGCAAGCGCAGUGGGUGAUGUGCAGCCUGUCCCCACAGCAAGGUCAACACUACUGCGCCUUAGCCUGGGCUCUGCUCACUCCUGCUUCCCUCCACACCAAAGGGCAGGCAGCCACAGCCAGUGUCCCUGAGAUGGAGGAGGCCACCUGGGAGUAUUGCAAGGGCCCAUUGGGUGGGUGAAGGCAGAAAGGAGCUGCUGUUGCUCUGCGCCUUCCCCCAUCCCCCCAGCCUCACCUCUUGGGUUCUACCCACCACUGUGUCAGUUUUUCAUAAAUAAAUGGAAGGCAUCAGCCUAGCUUGGGGACAACAGCUCCCUU